AUGGGAUUUCCUAAAUUGACUAUCACCGCGUCAGUCAUCGCUAGCGCUGCUCCAGAAGAAGAAAAGCGUGUCGCCGAACCCGAAAAUAAAAAACGAGAAGCUGCACCCGUCCAGAGAAAACGUGCUCCUAAACAUAACAAACGUGCUCCUAAGCAAGUCAAACGUGCUCCUAAACAAGUCAAACGUGCUCCUAAACAAGUCAAACGUGCUCCUAAACCACACCGUCGUAUGCAAUUUUCUAAACGUAUAAAUUUAUGA